AUCAAACCCGGCAUGCUCGCCAGGAAAACAUAAGAGAGGGUCAACGAUGGGUAUGGGAUGCAUCGCGACGGACUGACUUCUGGCUAAAUUAAAGUUAAUCCUUUGAUUUGUAAACGGAUACCGCCAAGUAGGUAGAGGCAGCAAGUCCGGCAUUGCAAAAUCUUUCGCAGUAAUUCUAGCGUCUUGGACCGUGGCACUCUCUUUUACUUUGCGUUUAAGCCCUCGCGAACCAGCACCAAGAUUCUCAGCUCUCUUCGCCUUUGUCGCUACUCUCUCGUCUCUACCGCUGCUCUUAUGCCACUAUAAAUUCCUUUACGCCUCCUCCAGCAAUCCAAAGGCUGCCCAAAGACCAAAAAAGGUGCACUACAGAGUCUACUCCUGAGUCGUAGACUUUGGAGUCAAACAUGCAGCUUCAAAACCACUUGAUUUUCAAGCCUCCGUUUCUGCUGUUUUGUUUCUUGAUUUAUAUUGGCUGCGCUAAGGCUCAGGUUUCAAUCCCCCCAAAGCCUGAUGGUUUCUGGUACCACAAUCGAGCCCCCAAUCCUGACUCUGUUGUGAUCGAGGCGUUUUUUGACCCAGUGUGCCCAGAUAGCAGGGACUCAUGGAAACCUCUCAAAGAAGCCAUCCAGAAUUACGGCUCUAGCAUUGCUCUGGUUGUUCACACCUUCCCUUUACCCUACCAUGACAAUGCAUUUCUAGCUUCCCGUGCCUUACAUAUCGUUGAUAAGUUGAAUGUUUCAGUAACAUACCAUUUGCUGGAGGCAUUCUUUGGGCAGCAGGAGAAGUUUUACGGCAGAGCAACGUCCAACUUAACCAGAGCAUUUGUGCAAGAGGAAAUCGCAAAGUUUGUAGUUGACACAGUUGGGAGGUCGUAUUCUCCUGAAAUUUUUGGUGGCUUUAGGGAUGUCAACUCUGAUCACGCAACAAGAAUUUCCUUCAAGUAUGGUGGCUUACGAGGAGUUUACGGCACACCUACUUUCUUCGUAAAUGGAUUUCCCUUGCCUGAUGCUGGUUCGGCUCUUGACUACAAUGGAUGGCUGCGCAUUCUUGAUCCGCUCGUUAAUAAGCAGGGUAGCCACUGAGGAUGAGCUACUCUGGAAGGGCAGAUAAGAUUGUAAACUUUGAUCCUAAAGUUCUAGAGCUGAACUUUUGGUUUCAUAGCUUUUGUUUAUUUAUGGAAGUCUCUGAUUCGCUGUGCUAUAUGUAUAUGGCCAAUAAAAAGUAAAAACUGCAGUUGCAGUAUAACGUUUUGUAAUGGUCAGAGGGAAGAUACCCCAUUCUCCAAAAGUCAAUCAGGUUCACUCUUUUUUA